CUUGGUUGGUGGAUUUUAGUUGGAUUUUCUAAGUUGUGAAGAACUCUCGGAGCGGACAUGAAUGUCUUAGGAAGUUUGGUUAUUUGCACGGCCCUUUUGGGUUUGGUUUUCGCCCUGCCCAUGAUCACCCGGGUGGAGACAGAUCCUGAGUUGACAGCUGGCUUUGUGGAGGGUGAUAUGGUCUUGGAUACCAAUACCCGUAAUGGUAUACGUAAUGAGGUUUACCGGUGGCCCGACAAUACCGUCUACUACAAAUUCCACACUCAAUUUGAUGAUGCCCAUCGUAAUCACAUUUUACGUGGCAUGGAAAUCCUAGAAAGUGUCUCCUGCAUUCGUUUCCAAGAGGCCACUGAGGACACACGUAACUUUGUAAAUAUCACCGGUAUGUCUGGUGGCUGUUACUCCAGCGUUGGCUACCGCAAUGCCGGUGCUCAGUCAUACAACUUGCAAUUGUAUCCCUUGGAUGAGGGUUGCUUCCGUUUGGGCACAAUUGUCCAUGAAUUUUUGCACACCCUUGGCUUCUACCACAUGCAGAGCAGCAGCAAUCGUGACGAGUAUGUGUUCAUCAAUGAGACGAAUAUUCAGGCGGGUACUCUGGGUAAUUUCAACAAAUACGACGCCACCGUUGUCGAUGAUUAUGACGAGGAAUACGAUUACGGCAGUGUUUUGCACUAUUCCGCCUAUGCCUUCUCGGCCAAUGGUGAAAUGACCAUUGUCCCAUUGAAGGAAGAAGAAGCUGCUGGUAUUAUGGGUCAACGGCGAGGCAUGAGCAAGAGUGACAUUAAUCGUUUGAAUUCGAUGUACCGUUGUCCCUUAAAAGUGUAGAAAAUGAGAUUCCUUUGUUAAUAAAAAUGAGAAAAUAAGUGUUUUCAAGAAGUA